AUCAAGCUUGGUGCGUCUUUGGCUCCGGCCGCUGGUCUGGGCUGUCGCUCUCAUCGACUUCCCUCCCCCUGCCAAUUGCUGUCUCGACAGCAGAUUCGCUUCUGUGCGCCGAUCGCUCGGCUGUCGCUGCUCGGCCAACCACCCGAUGAUUGGGCUAUGUCCGUCUCACUCUCGGCUCCAUGCUCCGUCGUUCUCCACCAGACAACUCGACACUCGAGAACCUCAAGGAGACCAGCCGAUCGCGCCUGAACAACAUCAAGCCGUUCUCUGACUUUUUCGAUCGAAACCGAUUCAACAAGCCCGCUUCCUUUGCUGUCUUCUCGCAGCGGGUCAGCUUCAACCUCCAAUACUUCCAAAACAACUACCUCCUGAUCGUCCUGGUCUUCACGGCUUAUUCCCUCAUCACGAAUCUCCUCUUUUUCAUCUCCUCUGUCCUGCUCGCCUUCGGAUUCCGAUAUGUUUCGUCGAUGCCCGCCAAUGAACCCGCCCGUCUGUUUGGAGGAAAAGUCGCCCUGACCCAGACUCAGUCUUACAUCGGCCUGGCUGUUCUGACCCUCUUGACCUUCUGGUUGACCGACGCCUUCGACAUCAUCUUCUGGCUGGUUGUGGGUGCCGGCAUCUUCAUUGUCGGCCAUGCCGGUUUCAUGGAGCCGCCCGUUGAGAACGACUUUGCUGAGACCGUCUAGGCUCCCCGCUCCCCUCGCCGCCACACGAUCAAAGCAAGCUGUAGAGUCGACGUGCAUCCAGUAUGGACUCGCUGUGCAUCCAGUUUGGACUCGCUGUGUAUUCAGCCUCUCUCAGGGAAUGCGAGAGCCCUCUUCCUUUCCUUCCUUGCUUUCCCUCAUCAAUGACUGCUUUCCAUUUCGAUCAUGAGAAAGUCCCA